AUGUCAAUUGAAGAAUUUAUAAAGCUCAAGCAAAACGUUGGUGGACUUAUAUCAUUCAACAGUUUUCUGUCAACAAGUGCUGAUGAACAUGUAUCGCGUCAGUUCGCUCUAUCUUCACUUGAUGAUCCCAGUUUGAAGGCUAUUUUCUAUGCCAUUGGCGUCGAUCUUGCGCUCACGUCGAGUCCAGUUGGCUAUCUUAGCAAACGAUUAAGCUACUUCUAUGAUGAGCAAGAAUAUUUGUGGGACAUGAAUGCCAUCUUUCGAAUCUGUGAAGUUCAAGAAGUAGAGAAUGGUGUAUGUCAAGUGAAUUUGACGACAACAAGUGAAAAUGAUUCUCAGUUGAAACAAUUGACCGAUUAUAUGAGAAGAGAAAUUGGUAUAUUAUCUGGUAUGCAACGGCUGGGAUAUCUGAUGACGGAAAUGGGUGAAUGGAGUAAAGCAAAGGAUAUUUACGAGACACUUCUUCAAGAGGAAGAAGAUCCUUGUAUCAUUCAACGACUAGGCUUUAUUGCACAUCAAAUGGGUGAUCUGGAUGCAGCACUUCGAUAUUAUCAGCAUUCACUUUCUAUCUUUGAGACUUUACUCUCGCCAAACGAUCCUGAACUAGCUACUAUAUACGGGAAUGUCGGGUGCGUACUCAAUGACAAGGGACACCUUGAAGAUGCACUCGAACAAUUCAAGCGUACGUUGGAACUUCAAAGCAGCGUGGAGAAGCCAAAUAAAUUACAUAUCGCCCGAACGUACAACAACAUCGCUACUGUUCACGAUAAGGAAGGACGUCAGAAAGAAGCACUCGAGAAUAUGAGGAACGCAUUGCGAAUUUUUCGCGGAUGUUUACCUUCGACACAUCCGGAAAUUGCAGCUUCUCUUGGCAAUAUCGGUACCAUCUACUACAAAAACGAACAGUACUCGAAAGCUAUGAGCUAUUAUGAAAAAUGUCUUUCUAUCCAAGAGGCAUCCCUUCCUUCAAACCAUCCUGAUAUUGUUCGUACGACUGGUCUCAUGAAACAAACAUUUGGGCAGAUCAAACUCUCUGGCAACGUAUUGAAGAAGGUCGUCAGCAGCUACUCUGAAGCACAUGAAGAAACUUCAUCUUUUGUCCAGCCGUUUUCAGGUUCAGUGAUGGCAUCGUUUCAAAGAUUAAGAAAUUUCUGUUGCUGUAAUCCGCAUACUGGACAAGUAAAUAAGUGCUCAAGAUAUCUUGCAUGGGGACUUGUAUGCCUUGUUUUGACCACUGUCGGUGCAAUAUUAUAUCUUUUAUUGCGUCCAAUAACACCAGAUCCUCAUCGUACAUUUGUUUCUCUACAAACAUCCAAUAACGCCAUGUUGACAUCUGUAAAAAAUCAGGGAACACGUUCUACCAUAACACCUUCGCCAACUAGACCUGCAAAGAGAGCACUUCUUUUAACUGACAAUUCAUAUGUGGAUGCAAAAAAUGCCCUCGCCAAUUACAUGCUUACGACCAAUGUGACACUAACAGUGUUGUACGGUGCCAUUGAAAACUAUACUGGUGUUCCAAAUGCAAAGAUAUUCAAUGUCGUUAUCUUGUUUUCUCCCAAAUGGUUUGCUAUUGAUAUGCCAAUAGCUGGCCAACAAACAAUUCUUAAUGCUCAACAAGCAGGUACGGGGGUUGUUCUAACUGAAUGGGCUAGUUGGCGUGUUCAUCAACAGAAGCAAUGGCAUAUCUUGGCUUCGCUAUGUCUAACAUAUCCAAGUGGAUAUGCUUUUGUGCCACAUAUAACAUUCACCAAUUUGAUGCAAGACCAUCCACUUUGGAAUGCAUUGCCGACAACAUUUACAUCAGUUACACCCAUUUCUACUUCUACAAAUUAUGUUCACGGAACAGAAACGAUGCUUGUAGCAAAAUGUGAAAUCUGUGGUGGUGGUCAACUUGGUGUUGUUGUACAAGAUCAGAGUGAUCAAGGGAAGGGACGCAUUGUUCAAAUUAAUCAUGCGAUACAUACUAACGGUUCUUUAUGGGACAUUGAUCGAAAUAUCACACAGUUGAUAGUAAACGCAGUUAAUUGGGCCGCUAAAUCUACUUGA